AUGUGCCUCGCGUGCCUCAACGUCUCGACACAACCGUGUUCCCACCGCUGGUACCAACUCGUGCGCCCUUGCAAUCCCGACAAUGACCUCGCCAACUGCCCCGAACGACUCAAGCUGGAGGGCUGGGAGACUCGUCUGGAACAUUGCCCCUUCUGCGACGGCGCGGAGCACAGCCGAAGCACUCACAGACUCUUCGGCACCACCUCGUCGCCCAGCUCUGUCGCAUCCUCAUCGCCCGUCUCGGAUCUGCGCACCACCCCUCUCCUCCCUCCGGGAAACCGGAGGGGGAGCCUGGGAACCAUCAACGAAGACAUCAUGGGUCCACUAUCGCGAGAGAGUAGCCACGCCAGCAUCGAGACCGAUCGCUCCCAGCAAGCGCGCGACAUGAAUGACAGGAUCUUCGUCUACCUCGCCUCCGAACCACACCACGUCCUGCCCUCGGCCAAGAAAUACUACCCAACCUACACUGCAGCCAUCGCGCGCGUGGAGAGCAAUCUGUCAUCCCCCGACACCUCAUCACCAGUAUCCGGCACGAGGAACCUUCGACGUCGCCAUUCCUUCAUACACGGCUGGAAACGCAUGUCUGGAAGGCUCUCCAUCUCCUCCAGCAGUCUCUUCAAACCCUCAUGA